AUGAGGCUGAAACCUGGAUGUUUUCUGCAGUUUCUGUAUUUAGAUAAAAUAUACUGUUUAUUAUCAGUGAGAAAUGCUAGAGCACUUGCAGAAUAUUUCCAACUCCUAGAUGUUCAUAAUAAGAAUACUUUGAAUAACCUGCAGCUUUAUCACUUUCUCCGUUAUGUGACUGACCUGACGAAGAAGCAGAUCAUGCUGGUGUUUGACUUGCUAGACUGGAAUGCCACAGGGGAGAUUGGCUUUGAUGAGUUCUACAUGCUGGUGUGCAUCCUGAUAUCUCAUGAGAAUCACCUGGAAAAGCAGUUCAUUUAUCAACACUCUGGGCCUGUGUUUGAGCUGCUGGAUAUGGAUGGAAGACACACAGUUGGCCCUAGGGAGUUCCAAGCCACUAGGUUCCUCUUUAACAUCAAGAAGCACGAGCUUGAGAAGAUAUUCAAGGACUUUGAUGUCUCUGGAGAUGAGCAACUGAACUACAAGGAGUUCAAAAUGUUUACAAUCUUCUGCAUUGAUAGACAACAGAAAAAGAAGGAGAAAAAGAAGAAGAGGUGGAAUGAAGCGAUUCCAGAAUCAUCUGGGCCAGACCUCACCAAGAUCAGCAUGCAACAACUACACUAGUAAAAGAACACUAUUUGAUCCAACCAUCUCUUUCCCAGGCCCCAGGCGCAGGGGGUUUUGGGUUAGCUUAAAACACCAACUUUUAAGAAACCUAUAACUCAAAUAAUGGUCCAAAUAAUUAUAGCUGUAUAAUUUUGUCCCCAGAUCCCAUCUCAGAUACCGCAUGCAAGUGCAUAAUCAGGUCUGAUGUCAUCCCAUGUGGAAUAGCUGAUGCAGCUUGUACUUCAGGCGCAUUCCUCAUAUUUCACCCCAAGCCAGUUGCUGAUAUUCAUGUCAACCCUCCCUGCCAUACCGCAUUGCUCAAGUAUUUUAGGAUAGCAAACCUGCCCCACCCUCCAUCUACAUUACAUCUUGCUUGAGACAGAGCAGUCCUCCCCAUACAACCAUUUUAUCACCUUUGAAGAGACAGAUGAAAUAAAGUUUAGCAUAAAACCCAGCUGGCUCAUCCCUUCUGAUACUGGAUUCAUUCAUAUUUGUCAGCUUUUCCCCCCUAUGCUGUUUUCUGUCCAGAUUAAAAUGUCUCCAUUAAA